AUGGCGUUACUGUGUGGCCCCGGGCAAGUCACUCUCCGUCUCUGGGUCUCACUUUUUCCCCAGUCCGAAAACGGUAUUGGGUUCCUAGACGCUGCUGGAUCAUUUCGCAGGAGCGGCGGCAUGGAGGCUCUGACCACUCAGCUGGGGCCGGGACUCGAGGGCAGCUCGUCCCCCAACUCCAAACAGGAACUGCAGCCCUACUCGGGCUCUAGCGCCCUCAAGCCCAACCAAGUGGGCGAGACGUCUCUGUACGGGGUGCCCAUCGUGUCGCUGGUCAUCGACGGCCAGGAGCGCCUGUGCCUGGCGCAGAUCUCCAACACGCUGCUCAAGAACUACAGCUACAAUGAGAUCCACAACCGGCGCGUGGCCCUGGGCAUCACGUGCGUGCAGUGCACGCCGGUGCAGCUGGAGAUCCUGCGCCGGGCCGGGGCCAUGCCCAUCUCGUCGCGCCGCUGCGGCAUGAUCACCAAGCGCGAGGCGGAGCGCCUGUGCAAGUCGUUCCUGGGCGAGCACAAGCCGCCCAAGCUGCCGGAGAACUUCGCCUUCGACGUGGUGCACGAGUGCGCGUGGGGCUCGCGCGGCAGCUUCAUCCCCGCGCGCUACAACAGCUCGCGCGCCAAGUGCAUCAAGUGCGGCUACUGCAGCAUGUACUUCUCGCCCAACAAGUUCAUCUUCCACUCGCACCGCACGCCCGACGCCAAGUACACGCAGCCCGACGCCGCCAACUUCAACUCGUGGCGCCGGCACCUCAAGCUCAGCGACAAGUCGGCCACGGACGAGCUGAGCCACGCGUGGGAGGACGUCAAGGCCAUGUUUAACGGCGGCACCCGCAAGCGGACCUUCUCGCUGCAAGGCAGCGGCGCCGGCGGCGGGGCGGGCGGGCCCGGGAAGGGGGGCGCCGGCGGCGGCGGCGGCGGCGGCGGCGGCGGGGGGGCGCCCGGGUGCGGCACGGACCUGGUCCCCGGCCCGCCGCCCCACAAGAACCUGCGCUGUGGCGGCGAGGACGAGGCGGCCGGGCCUCCGGGGCCACCCCCGCCCCAUCCGCAGCGCGGGCUCGGCCUGGCCGCCGCCGCCGCCGCCGCCGCCGCCACCGGGCCGGCGGGCCCCGGAGGGCCCGGCGGCGGCGCGGGCGUGCGCAGCUACCCGGUGAUCCCGGUGCCCAGCAAAGGCUUCGGACUCCUGCAGAAGCUGCCCCCGCCGCUCUUCCCGCACCCUUACGGCUUCCCCACGGCGUUCGGCCUGUGUCCCAAGAAGGACGACCCGGUGCUGGGCGCGGGCGAGCCCAAGGGGGGCCCCGGCGCCGGGGGCGGCGGCGGCGGCGGCGGCGGCGGCGCGGGCACCGGCGGCGGCGCGGGCGGCCCGGGCGCCGGCCACUUGCCCCCGGGGGCCGGGGCGGGUCCCGGCGGCGGCGCCAUGUUCUGGGGGCACCAGCCCCCCGGCGCGGCCAAGGACGCGGCCGCCGUCGCCGCCGCCGCCGCCGCCGCCACGGUGUACCCGACGUUCCCCAUGUUCUGGCCGGCGGCGGGCAGCCUCCCGGUGCCGCCCUACCCGGCCGCUCAGAGCCAGGCCAAGGCCGUGGCGGCCGCGGUGGCGGCGGCGGCGGCGGCGGCGGCGGCGGCCGCGGGCGGCGGCGGCGGCCCGGAGCCCCUGGACGGGGCCGAGCCCGCCAAGGAGGGCGGCCUGGGCGCGGAGGAGCGCUGCGCCAGCGCCCUGUCCCGGGGGCCCCUGGACGAGGACGGCGCGGAGGACGCGCUCCCGCCGCCGCUGGGCCCGCUGCCCCCGCCGCCGCCGCCGCCCGCGCGCAAAGCCUCCUACGUGUCGGCCUUCCGGCCCGUGGUCAAGGACGCGGAGAGCAUCGCCAAGCUCUACGGCAGCGCCCGCGACGCCUACGGCGCGGGGCCUGCGCGCGCGCCCGGGCCCGGCGCCGCCACCCCCGCCGCCGCGGCCGCCGGCUACGUGAGCCCGGACUUCCUGAGCGAGGGCAGCUCCAGCUACCACUCCGCCUCCCCCGACGUGGACACCGCGGACGAGCCCGAGGUGGACGUGGAGUCCAACCGCUUCCCCGACGAGGAGAGCGCCCCGGAGGAGGCCGAGCCCGGCGCGCCCGGCGGAGGCGGAGGGGGCCCCGAGAGUGACCCGCGGCUGGGGCCCCCGCCGGCCCCCUCCCCGGGCGCCGACGGGCGCACGGACUCACCCGAGGGCGGCGGGAGCCCUCGCCCCCGGCGCCGCCUGGGGCCCGCCGCCACCGACGGGACCGCGUUUGGGGACUUGGCGGCCGACGACGCGGUACGGAGACCCGAGAGGAGCCCGCCGAGCGGCGGCUACGAGCUCCGCGGAGAGCCGUGCGGGCCUCUCGGAGGAGUCCCCGCGGCGGCCAAGGUGUACGCGGAGCGGGACGAGCUGGCGAAGAGCGCGGCGGCGGCGCUGGGGUCCGCGGCCGCCUAUCUACGCACCCCCGAGGCCCACGAACCAGAUAAGGAAGACAAUCACUCGACCACCGAGGAUUUGGAAACGAGGAAAUCCUAUUCAGACCAAAGGAGUGUCUCCCAGCCAAGCCCCACAAACACAGAUCGAGGAGAUGAUGGGCUCACCUUGGAUGUCACUGGAACUCAGCUGGUGGAGAAAGAUAUUGAAAACCUGGCAAGAGAGGAACUGCAAAAAUUGCUCUUAGAGCAAAUGGAGCUCCGCAAGAAGCUCGAGCGAGAAUUCCAAAGUCUCAAAGAUAAUUUUCAGGAUCAAAUGAAGAGGGAAUUGGCUUAUCGGGAAGAAAUGGUGCAACAGCUGCAAAUCGUCAGAGAUACCUUGUGCAAUGAACUGGACCAAGAGCGCAAGGCGCGCUACGCCAUCCAGCAGAAACUAAAAGAAGCCCACGAUGCCCUGCACCACUUCUCCUGCAAGAUGUUGACACCUCGCCACUGCACUGGCAACUGCUCCUUCAAGCCCCCGUUGAUGCCCUAG